AUAAAAACGUUUGUACAUCUAAGCAGUGUGGUCUAGUGAUUGACGCAGCCUUUGGGACCGCGCUUUGCAGGAGCAACAUCCGACGGCUACGAUGACGACCCCGGAGAUCAAGUUGGUUGAUAAACUCACCAUAACCUUCUUAGUGGACAAUACAAUUGAAUGGAUGACGAAGCUCCCUCCUGGAUUCGUACAUGAGGUCGCCCAGCAGCUGGCACACACCGACGUUCCACAUGAUCCUCGGACAGGAGUGCCCAUUCUAGACCUCGAAAACUACUGUUGUGGAGUCCAUGGCUUUUCAGCAUUAAUCCAAACCGAAGUGGACGGCUCAGAGCCUCACUACACACUCUUCGACACCGGCCCCGACUCACGCUCGCUAAUCCGCAACAUCGAGGCGCUCAAACCGCCGAUAGAGCGCAUCGAGCGCAUCAUUCUCUCUCACUGGCACUCGGACCACAGCGGCGGGAUGCUCUCCUUCCUGCGCUAUCGCAAGGCACACGUCCCGGCGGACGCCCCGCCCUGCGUCGUGGACCUACACCCCGAUCGGCCUGUCGCGCGGGGGAUCUCCCCGCACAAUACGGGGAAGGUCAUAGGGCGGCUUCCUCCCGACCCCGAGUUUGCGCAGAUCGAGGAGCUGGGCGGGGUCGUGGAGAAGCAUGCAGAUGGACAUACGGUGGCAGGGGGCACGGUCUGGGUAAGCGGGGAGAUCCCCAGAGUGACGCAUUUCGAGGGCGGUCUCCCCGGCGCCGUUCGUUGGUUUGAGAAGGAUGGGAAGGGCGAGUGGGAGAAGGAGGAGGACAUCAUGGACGAGCGCUACGCUGCAAUCGAUGUCAUUGGGCGAGGGCUCGUCAUUUUCUCUGCCUGCUCUCAUGCAGGCAUCGUCAACGUCGUCAAGGACGCGGUCGACAGGUUCCCUCGUCCAAUAUACAUGGUCAUCGGAGGGCUACAUCUUGCCGGUAACGACCUCACCGACCGCAUCCCUCCCACCGUCGAUUUCCUGUCUAACAAGCUGCGGCCGGCCCCGACGUACGUACUUCCGAUGCACUGUUCGGGUUUCGUUGCAAAGGUUGCGCUGGAGGAGGCGUUUGGGGAAGGGUGCGUCCCUGCAGGCGUGGGACACAAAGUGGUCGUUGAGGGAAACCCCGAAGCAGAAGAAAUGAUGCACAGGGCAACGUACCAAUGAGCCUCGCGAGUGACCAAACUCUUCAUCGAUCGCAUGCACUUCACGAUGAGUGUGAUUUACAUUCUCAGCGCAAUGUGGCUCUGCAGUGUACAUAUGAGUAGCCAUGGCCAUCUCGAUUACUUUCCCGAGCCCAAGCGGUAGCCCAG